CAGAGCUCCAGCACUUCCCCUUCACUUGCAGCACUGAGUGUGAGCUGCACUCUGCCAGCCCUGGGAUUAAUAGCAGUUGAGAGCACACACUGGAGGGUGCACAUAUCUGGGAGCAUUGCUGCAAACUUUUCUAGUUGCUGUGGGGUCAUUGGCAUUUACUAAUGAGCUGGGGCUCCGGGGAUGUACGCUCUACACAUCAUGCACAUGAAGAGAAUGCUCUAUUGCUGGGACAAGUUAAGCAUUGAUUAUUAAUCUAGGUGCAGUAGAAACCCAUCGUGCCCUGGAGAGGAAGAUUUUCAAGGGUCUUACAGAGAUGGAAGCAGAGGGUCACCAUGGACCUACUGUGGAAAGCAGCAAAGAUUCCGACCGCCAGCUGAGGCUUAGACUGUGUGUGCUCAAUGAGAUCCUCAGCACAGAGAGGGACUAUGUGGGGACCCUGCACUUUCUACAAUCUGCGUUCUUGCACAGGAUUAAGCAGAAUGCUGUUGACAAAGCUGAGAACUUCAUCUCAGAGGAGAAUGUUAAGAUCCUGUUUUCUAACAUUGAAGAUAUCCUGAAAGUACACAAAGAAUUUUUGGAUGCAUUGGAGUUAAAUUUACAGCCAGAACCUCAAUCCCAACAUGAGCUUGGAAAUGUUUUCUUAAAGUUUAAAGACCGCUUCUGUGUCUACGAAGAAUAUUGCAGUAAUCACGAAAAAGCUCUAAGACUGCUCAUAGAAUUAAACAAAAUUCCAAAUGUCAGAGCCUUUCUUUUGAGCUGCAUGCUGCUCGGGGGCAGAAGGACAACUGACAUUCCUCUAGAGGGUUAUCUGCUCACUCCAAUCCAGAGAAUUUGUAAAUAUCCUCUGCUUCUCAAGGAGCUGGGUAAAAGAACUUCGUCAAAACAUCCAGACCACCAGGCUGUUCAAAAUGCACUGCAGGCCAUGAAAACCGUCUGCAUUAAUAUCAACGAAACCAAACGGCAGAUGGAGAAGCUGGAAGCCCUGGAACACCUACAGUCUCACAUAGAAGGAUGGGAGGGAUCCAAUCUAACAGACAUCUGUACACAGCUUCUUCUCCAGGGAACCUUAUUAAAAAUAUCUGCUGGAAAUAUUCAAGAACGAAUGUUUUUUCUUUUUGACAACUUGCUUGUCUAUUGCAAGAGGAAAUCUAGAGUUGCUGGAAAGAAGUCAACUAAACGCACAAAGUCUAUAAAUGGUUCUUUGUAUAUAUUCCGGGGGAGAAUUAAUACUGAGGUUAUGGAAGUUGAAAACGUGGAAGAUGGAACAGCUGACUAUCAUAGCAAUGGCUACACAGUGACCAAUGGGUGGAAAAUCCAUAACACAGCCAAGAACAAGUGGUUUGUCUGCAUGGCUAAGACAGCAGAGGACAAACAGAAAUGGAUGGAUGCUGUGCUUAAGGAGAGGGAGCAGAGAGAGAGUCUCAAGCUAGGGAUGGAAAGAGAUGCCUAUGUCAUGAUUGCAGAAAAAGGAGAAAAAUUGUAUCAUAUGGUGAGCAAGAAAUCCAAUCUCAUCAAAGACCGAAGGAGGAAGUUCAGCACCAUCCCCAAGUGCUUCUAUGGCAAUGAAUUUGUGUCCUGGCUUAUGGAGAAUGGGGAGAUAAGCAAAGCUGAAGAGGGGGUGAACUUGGGCCAAGCCUUGCUAGAGAACGGCAUCAUACAUCAUGUUUCAGAUAAACACCAGUUUAAGAACGAGCAGGUUCUGUAUCGUUUCCGAUAUGACGAUGGGACAUAUAAAGCAAGGAGUGAGUUGGAAGAUAUCAUGUCAAAGGGCGUGAGACUUUACUGCAGACUGCACAGCCUGCUGACUCCAGUGGUCAAAGACCGAGAUUACCACUUGAAGACCUACAAAUCAGUCGUUCCGGCCAGUAAACUCGUGGACUGGCUGAUUUCACAGGGAGAUUGUCAGACCCGCGAGGAAGCAGUGGCUCUUGGAAUUGGACUUUGCAACAAUGGAUUCAUGCACCAUGUUUUAGAAAAAAGUGAGUUCAAAGAUGAGUCUCAGUUCUUCCGAUUUCACGCUGAUGAGGAGAUGGAGGGGACCAGUUCCAAGAACAAGCAGCUGCGGAAUGACUUCAAGCUCAUUGAGAACAUUUUGGCAAAGACCCUCUUGAUCUUGCCUCAAGAAGAAGAUUAUGGAUUUGACCUUGAAGAAAAGAAUAAGACAAUAGUUGUUAAAUCUGUCCGUAAAGGGUCUUAUGCAGAGAUGGUUGGACUGCAAGUUGGUAGGAAGAUCUACAGCAUCAAUGAAGACUUGGUUUUUCUUCGUCCAUUUUCAGAAGUAGAGACCAUGUUAAACCAGUCGUUUUGUUCAAGGCGCCCAAUACGGAUUCUUGUUGCUACAAAGUCAAAAGAGAUUAUAAAGAUUCCAGACUGCUCCCAAGCUCUGUGCUUUCAGGUCAGGGGAUCAUCUCCACCAUAUAUUCAUGCUGUCGGAAGAGGUUCUCAGGCUGCCGCUGUUGGUCUUCAUCCCGGGCAAUGUAUUUUGAAGGUGAAUGGAAACAAUGUCAUUCUUGAUAGCCACUUGGAGGUUUUGGAGCACUUUGCAGCUUAUCGCAACAAUCCGGCAAACCCAUUGGGAUUGUUCCAAUGGAUCUACAGAACACAUGAAGAUGCAGAGGAGGACAGAGCUCAAAAAGCAACAACUGAUGAAUGUCUAAAUGGCAGUCUGUGUGAAGAUGGGAGUUCCACUCUCUGUAUAGACAGGGGUGAAACCUUACACGAGAGCCAAGCAGGUCUUAUACAGAACUUCUCUAACCAGCUUUGCGUGGAUGCACCAUUGAUCAACUUGACUGUGGAAAAUGUCUUCUUGGAGCAUGGAGUUGUAUAUGAAUAUAUGAACACUGGUGGCAUUAAGUGUCAUGUCCUGGAGAAAAUCAUUGAACCAAGGGGAUCAUUUAGCAUCACUGCCAAGAUUCUUAAAGCCUUUGUUGCGGAUGACAAUGAGUUUGUGAGCAACUGCAAGAGGCUAAUUGCCAUGAGUCGUUCAGUCAUGACCAUGCCGCAGUAUGAGUUCAGGCAGAUCUGCGACACUAAACUGGAAAACAUCACCAGGAGAAUAUCGAACUAUGAAGAGUUUGCAAAUGAACUCAAAAUAAAAGUUAGUCCAUGCUUUAAGCAAGCCACGACUGAACCGCACCCACUUCAAAGCAUGGAUUUCUGCCCUACAAACUGUCACAUAAAUCUCAUGGAAGUUUCCUAUCCAAAAAGCACUACGUCAGUUGGAAGGUCCUUCAGCAUUCGUUUCGGGAGGAAAAACUCCUUCUUUGGUCUUGAUCCAGAUCAAGUUGGUAAUUUAAAUCCGAUGACUUACUCCCAACAUUGCAUCGCUAGUAUGGUAGCGCCAGCCUGGAAAUGUCUGAACUCACAGGAAGCUGAGGGGAUCAAUGGCGGCUACAUGGAUGGCUGCUUUUCUCAGAUGAAUGGGGGCCUGAGCCAGGAGGAUAGGGGGCUCAGCUUUCUUCUGAAGCAGGAAGAUACAGAGAUUCAGGAUGCGUACCUACAGCUCUUCAACAAGUUGGAUGUAGCCGUCAAGGAAAUGAAGCAGUAUGUGACACAAAUAAAUAAGCUGCUGUCCACAAUAACAGAACCAAUAGAAUUAGAGCCACUUAGUGAGCCGGUUACCUCAGAAGGAACUCCUCCUCCCCCCUCAAUAAUGGCUGAGGAAGGUGACAUGGACAGAACCGAGCAUGGUGGGAUCAAGAAGGUUUGCUUCAAGGUUUCAGAGGAGGACCAGGAAGAUUCAGGUCAUGACACUGUUAGUUACAGAGACUCCUACAGUGAAUGUAACAGCAAUCGAGAUUCAGUCCUGUCAUAUACAAGUGUUCGAAGCAACAGCUCCUACCUGGGCAGCGACGAAAUGGGCUCUGGAGAUGAGCUUCCGUGUGACAUGAGAAUUCCAUCAGAUAAACAGGAUAAACUUCAUGGCUGCCUUGAACAUCUCUUUAACCAGGUGGAUUCAAUUAUUGCACUUCUCAAAGGAAACAUAAUGUCUAAAGCCUUCGAGGAAACAAAGCAUUUUCCAAUGGACCACAGCUUGCAAGAAUUUCAAAAGAAAGAGGAAUGGACAAUUAAGUGCAGGAGCAUGAUUCAGAUUAGUAUACGAGAAGAUCCCUGGAAUCUGCCUAAUUCUAUAAAAACCCUGGUGGAGAGUAUACAGAAAUAUGUUGAAGAUGGGAAGAAUCAACUUCUUCUGGCGUUACUGAAAUGCACAGAUACUGAGCUACAAGUAAGGCGAGAUGUCAUCUUCUGCCAGACGCUUGUGGCUGCAAUAUGUACUUUUACUGAGCAGCUUAUGGCCGCCCUCAACUACAGAUAUAACAACAAUGGGGAGUACGACGAGAACAGCAGAGAUGCAAGUAGGAAAUGGCUAGAACAGAUAGCGGUCACUGGUGUUCUGCUCAACUACCAAUCACUUCUGUCUCCUAAGGUGACAGAAGAGAGGGUGAUGCUUGAAGAUAUCAAAGUUACCUUGCUUGAACUGGACAAAGUGGUCUUUUAUUUCAAAGAAAUGGAUGAGACUUUAGUUGCAAACACUCCAGUUUUUCAUCAUAUAGAAGGAAGUCGGCAGUCCUUAAAAGUCAUAUUUUACCUCGACAGUUUCCAUUUCUCCAGGCUACCUACCAGAUUUGAGCAUGGGGGAAGUUUAAAACUACAAUCUGUUUUAUUUACAAAAGCUUUGGAAAGCUUGGAGGGCCAUUUUCAGCCUGGAACAAAUGCACCGCUGGAAGAACUACAACAGGAGAUUAAUGGACUUUCCAUGGAAAAAGUACAAAGUUACUACCGUAAACUCAGGGCAUUUUACCUUGAAAAAUCAACAGAUUCCAAUACCACAGCUAUUAAAAUUGACCAGCUAAUUCGUCCUAUAAAUGCACUGGAUGAAUUAUGUCGGCUAAUGAAGUCCUUUAUCAGCACAAAACAGCAGUCGGGAUAUUCCAUUAGUAAUAUAUCAGGGGCUGGGCUUUUACCCAUUUCCUCAGAACUCUGUUACAGACUUGGAGCUUGCCAGAUUGUAAUGUGUGGCACUGGCAUGCAGAGGAGUACGCUGAAUGUGUCCUUGGAGCAGGCAGCAAUAUUGGCUAGAAGUCACGGGCUGCUCCCAAAGUGCAUUAUGCAGGCUACAGACAUCAUGAGAAAACAGGGUCCUCGUGUAGAAAUCUCUGCAAAAAACUUGAAAGUAAUGGAUCAAAUGCCUCCGAAUGCACCUCGAAUAUACAGAUUAUGCCAGCCCCCUGUUGAUGGAGACUUCUGAGAACACAACGGAUGUGUUUUAAAAGGAUAUAACUCCAUCCUUCUGUAUAAUUUUCGGACAAGUAUGAAGGGACUUGCUAAAGCCAGAAAGACAGAUGUUGGUGCUUAACUGUUUCAUAACUCCUGAAAGCUAAAAUUUGGCAUGAAGCACAAGAACAAACUAUAUUUCUCUUGAUGAUUAUCUUGGUCUAGUGGCGUUUGGAAGCCUUAAUCCCUGGGACAGUAUUCUGCCAUGGACCUAUGCCCUUACAGAUUGACAAUUAGACCAAGUCAUGUGGACGUCCAACAUUGGAUACACUGCUAAGAGAAAACCCAAGAAAUAGACUUGAUUCUUUUAGCCCUCACAUUGCAAAUGAAACCAUGUAUCCUCUUUACAACAAAUACCACUUCUGUCAAUACAGCUUCCUGCACUUUUAAGCCAUCAACAGCACGAAAACUAAUAUUUUUUAAUCUAAAUAUUUAUUUUAAAGCCCUAAAUCAGUAGAAAUGUUUGUUUUUAUUUUCUUCCUUUAUCUUUUUACCUGUAUUUCCUGAUUUUACUCUUGUUUUUUUUUAAAUUCCUUAUUUCAGAUUUUUUUUAAUUAAAGUUAUUUCAGAUUAUUUUAAAUGAAGAAUCUGUACAUGGCCAUCCUUUUGCUACAUGGAGAUUUUUUUUUUAGUAGUUUAUCUUUUCUGAUUAAAACUCCUGAACUUACAUUUUAUUUAUGUGCAAAAUGUAACCUAUUUGCUGCCAGAUAGACCAGUAAGUCUAGAUAAGAUGGGCCUUAGGCACCAAUGGGAAUAUACAAUAUAUUAUUUGAUAUGGGACCAACCUACUAUAAAUUAAACAGAUCUUACCAGUUUACAAAGAUUUUACAUUAUUUAACAUUUAUAUUAUGUCUGUAUUUAAAUUCUUUACUACAUGUAUUGCCUAGAGUUUAGGAAAGCUAAAAAACUAUGAACAUUUUGUAUAUAUUGGGUGCUUUAUGCUUUUAUUUCCACCAUUACAGUAUUACAUAUUUGACUUAUUUCACAUAAAGUAUUGUAUGUGUGUUUUGUUGACAUUGCUGUUCAGAUCAGUAGAGGAUGCAAAUUCUAUAUGGAUACUUUUUGGUUUCAUGGUUCGUUAGCAUAUCUCUAAUAUAGAUGUAUAUAUACACACACACAAUAACCCAACGGCUGGCAGAAUGGGUUUAAAAACUGCCUAUUGAAGUUAACACAAUUUGUGAUCAAUGAGCAUGAAAAAUGGCUUUGUUUACUUAUAUGCCAAAUUGUCUUGGCAAAAAGUACCUUUUCCCCCCAAAAAAUGUACCUUGUGCACCAUUAGAACAUGACAACCGUUAUUUUUGGUUUUUUUGAAUAAUUAUUUCACUUCGUACAAUUAUGUGAUCAAGGUAACAAGCAAAACCUAUAGUCACAUGAUGCAUUUACAACAAUAUGGGGUUGUUGUAUUGUAAUUUCAGUACCAGGCAUUUGUCAUUUAAAUAAUGCUUAACAUGAAUUCUGCAAAUAUAAGAGAGAUAAUACCUCUUUAUAGUAAUUAUUUAGGAGCAUUCAAUCAUACAUCAGAUUUUGCUUGUUCUCCUUCACCUUGUACACAUUUAUGGUUUCAACCCUUAAGCUGCCUUAGGAAUAUGUAAUAUCUGUCAUUAUAAAACAAACCACAAAUGAUUCCAAAAUAGCUGCUCUUUUUCCAGAACUGAACAGGGUAUGAACUAAUGUUUCUAGUAAAUGCAUUAACAUUUACAAGUAAUUACACUCUCUGAAAUGUGGUGUGUGGGCUUACACAAAAUGUCUUGUCGUGUAAUACCUAGAUCUUAUCUUAAAACCUUUUUUUUUUUUUUACAAACUCCCAAUUCCCUUAUCAACCUGAAAAUAGCAAUACACAAGUCCCUUAAAAGUGACCUUACAUCAUUUAACGGCCAGAAAUGUCAACUCAAUGUCAUUGAUUAGUCUCGUAGAGAGCAGUCAGUAUUUUUUCUUUUAAAAUGUUGCCAUUUAAAUUAACAACUCAACUAUUUGAUUUUCCAGAAGUUGACAUUUUAGGUACUGGCAAGAUUCAUCUAAUCUCCAAUGGGAAUAUCGGGGAAUUAUAUUCAGUAAUUUGCACAUGGGUCCUUGCUAGAAUGCUGUAGAUAGGUAUAAUACUUUUCAAUGUGGUCUAUAAAAAUUCACUAGAACAUUUUAAACCAUUCUGUAAAUGCUUUCAUUUUUUUUCGUACAUUCCAGAUAUUCAGCCAACAAAUUAAUUUUAAAUAAAGUUACAAAUUCUUUUUAUACUUGACGAUAAUGUAUGAGAGUGCACUGCUUACAGAUUUUUCAGCCCUGCAACGUGGUAUUUCAAUAGAAUUGUAGGUGUUUGUGAAUCAUUAAUAUGUGUUUGUUAUUAAAGCACCUUUAUUGUAAAGUUAUUUCUGUCCAAAACCGUUUUUGAAGUAAUCAUGCUGGGGAAGAAAUGAUUAGGCUGUAUUUCACUGAGAGAUGGUUUUAUCUGUUUGCAUUAACUUUUAAUACAGUAUCAGACUAUAAACUACUUAUGUACAUUGUAUGAAAAUUGCUUUUAAAAUGUAAAGUUUUUAUUUUACCCCUUCAAAAUUUACAAUUUUUUUUUCCCCCUGGUCAUUUUACUUAUAAAGGGACAUUAAAAUCAUUUUUUUCCCCUUUGUGCUUCUAAAAUAAAUCCUUUUAAUACAUUUUGCAGUUUUCCUUUCCUGAUGCACGUGUGCUGCAAAGUAUGUAUUUUUUUGUUCCUCAUAAACUGCUUUACUGUAACCGGUUUCAUAAGAAAAUAAACGGUUAAAAUAAUUCUCUUUUAUAUGCGCAAAAAAAAUAAUAAUCUAAUGUCUCUUUAAGAAGUCUAAUUUUAUUUUAAAGUGAUUUACAUUCAUUGUAAUCAAACCACUUUUCACAAACACACGGUAUAGAAUUUCAUCGGUUUAAUGUAGUAAGUACAUUAAAUUAUGGGCAUUUUUAAAAUGCACUGUUUUAAAUGAAUUACAAGGAUUGUGUUAAAUAUGUUUUUUUUUAUUGAAGCUGGUCUACAUUUAUUGAAAUUAAACCAACUUGUGUAAAUAUUUUAUUUUGAAAAUGUGUAUGAAAUAAAUAAUUUGAAAACCUA